UCCUGUAGCUUCCGUGUAUGCUCAGUGCUGCAUCCUCAACAGUUUCCUUUGAAGGUUUGUAACGAUAAUUUGGGUCAGAAAACGAGCUAUAUUCCCCUGCACAGCAGAACGAAAGAUGUCGGGUGUUGGGGGAGGAAAGCGUCCCUCAGGCGGGGACAGUCCCCCUGGCCCACCUGAGAAGAAAAACAAAAAAGAGGAGAAGACCACCACCACUCUCAUCGAGCCCAUUCGAAUAGCCGGAGUUUCCUCUACGGAGGAAAUGGACAUGAAGGUGAUCCAGUUCAAGAAUAAGAAGCUAUGUGAGCGACUGGAGCAGAGGCAGACGAUGGAGGAUGAGUUACGAGAGAAAAUUGAGAAGCUGGAGAAGAGACAAGCCACGGAUGACACCACCCUGCUGAUUGUCAACCGCUACUGGUCACAGUUGGAAGAGAAUGUGCACGUUCUACGCAAACGCAUUGAGCCAGUAGCUCCAUUGACAUCUACCCCCGCCCCACCUUCGGCCCCUCUCUCUGAUCCUACACCAAUGGAGGAAGAUGGUGUCAAUCUGGCUUCACCAACCUCGACUGUUCCUCCACCUCCCCUUCCAGAGGUCCGGAAUGAUGGGGAGCAGGCAGAGCAGCAGCAGGAGGAGUGUCAGGAAGAGGGUCAGGAGGAGCAGCAGCAGCCUCCUCCUCCUGCUGGGUCAGAAGAGUUGACACCCACAGAGCCCUCACAGGACUCAGCAGCAGAUGCGUCACCACCUCCUCCAUUAAGUGAUAAUGCCAAGGGUUUCCUGACUACGCUGGAGCACAGCAGCGAGGAAGAGCUCACCCUGCACCUCCAGGACCGCAUGCAGUUCAGCAAGGAAGCCAUUGCCUGCUUGGUCUGCGUCUUUGACAGGCUGCACAGCCGAAUCGACAAUAUGUGCAAGCAUGUCCAAGCCUCAGCAGGUGAGGACAAUAGCCAGUCUGACAUCAUCAAUGUGAACCACACUCUGCUGGAGGAGAACAGUCGACUGAGAGACCUUGCCACUCUCCUGCAGGGUCGUCACCACAAGAUGUCUAUGGAGUACAAUGAGUUGGUAGACAAGGUGACCAGCUCUGAGACCAAGGUGUCUGAGAUGGAGACGACAGUGGAGGACCUGCAGUGGGACAUUGAGAAGCUCCGCAACAGGGAACAGAAGCUCAACAAACAUCUGGCAGAGGCCAUGGAGCAGCUGAAGUCUGGGUACAGCAGCACUGGCAGCUCAGGUGGGCUACCUGGAGGUCAGAUUACGCUGAAUAUUCAGAAGUUUGAGAGUCUCAACGCAGAGUUGGAGCACAACCAAGAGUUGGCAAACAGCCGGAUGGCAGAGUUGGAGAAACUGCAGGCGGAGCUCCAGGAGGCUGUUCGAGAGAGUGAGAAGCUCAAGAUUGAUUUGCGCAAUAUUCCAGAGGAGGUUGUGAAGGAGACUCUAGAAUACAAGUGUCUGCAGUCUCAGUUCUCCCUCCUGUACAAUGAGUCCCUCGGGGUCAAAACCCAGCUGGACGAGGCACGGGCACUCCUACUCACUGCGAAGAACGCCCACCUCCGUCAGAUUGAGCACAUGGAGAGUGAUGAGCUGUCGCUUCAGAAGAAACUGCGAACUGAGGUCAUCCAGCUGGAAGAUACCUUGGCCCAGGUUCGCAAAGAGUACGAGAUGCUGCGCAUUGAGUUUGAGCAGAACCUGGCAGCCAAUGAGCAAGCAGGACCAAUCAACAGGGAGAUGCGACACUUAAUCAGCAGCCUUCAGAACCACAAUCUGCAGUUGAAAGGUGAUGUCCAGCGUUAUAAGAGGAAGUUACGAGAAACACAGAUGGAGAUCAACAAGUUACGAUGUCAGAGUGGCGACACAGCAGUUCUGAUUCUGGAGGAUACGACGAGUGAUGGCAUCGAUGUGAAGAAAGAGGAGGAUGAGGACCAUGAGGAGGAGGAGGAAGAGAGGAGGAAGGAGCUUGAGAGACAGCGGGCCAGGGAGAGGGAGAGGGAGGCUGAGCGAGAACGAGAGAGGGAGCGCGAGAGAGAGCGACAGCGCAGCGACGAGCUAAAGAGAAAAGACUCGGACACUCUGAAGAUGCUCAGAGUGGAACUCAAGAAAGCCCAGGAGUCCCAGAAAGAGAUGAAGCUGUUGUUGGACAUGUACAAGUCAGCUCCAAAGGAGCAAAGGGACAAAGUGCAGCUCAUGGCGGCUGAGCGCAAAUCGAAAGCUGAGGUUUGUUCUUUGGUGGAUGAGUUGAGGAUGCGGGUGCGAGAGUUGGAGGAGAGGGAGCGGAAGGAAAGCAAGAAGCUGGCUGAUGAAGAUGCCCUCAGAAAGAUCCGAGUUGCAGAAGAGACCAUUGAACAUCUGCAGAAGAAACUUGCUGCCACUAAGCAGGAGGAGGAAGCCCUGCUGAGUGAGAUGGAUGUGACCGGCCAGGCCUUUGAGGACAUGCAGGAGCAGAACAGCCGACUGUUGCAGCAGUUGCGGGAGAAGGAUGACGCCAACUUCAAGCUGAUGAGUGAGCGAAUAAAAUCGAACCAGAUCUACAAGCUGCUGAAAGAGGAGAAGGAGGAGCUGGCUGACCAAGUUCUCAGAUUCAAAACCCAGGUGGAUGCCCAGCUGUUGGUUGUGCAGAAGCUAGAAGAAAAAGAGGGCGUUCUCCAGAGCACGCUGGCAACUCUGGAAAAAGAGCUGUCGGUCCGGACACAAGCACUGGAGCUCAACAAGAGGAAGGCGGUGGAGGCUGCCCAGCUGGCAGAAGACCUGAAGGUGCAGCUGGAGCACACACAGGCCAAGCUCAAGGAGAUCCAGGUCUCUGUGGCAGAGAACCGCACCGCUCGGGAGAGGGAGAGUAGCAACCUGAAACGAGCACAGGAGGAUCUGUCGAGACUUAGACGUAAGCUGGAGAAACAGAAGAAGGUGGAAGUUUACUCGGAUGCUGACGAGAUCCUGCAGGAGGAGAUCAACCAGUACAAGGCCAAACUGCGCUGCCCCUGCUGCAACACACGAGACAAGGAGACGGUGCUCACCAAGUGUUUCCACGUAUUCUGUUACGAAUGUCUUAAGAUGCGUUACGACACCCGACAGAGGAAGUGCCCCAAGUGCAACUGUGCCUUUGGAGCCAACGACUUUCACCGCAUCUACAUCACCUAACUCGUGUGGAGAGAGAGAGGAGCGAGAAGAGCGAACAGUAUACAAAACCAAAGGAGAGAAAAAGAAUAGAGAAGAGACAAAUGAACUGGAGAUUUGUUCAAAGAGGGAGACAUUUUUGCGUGUGUUUCCCUGUUUUAAUCUCUCUUUGGAAAGACUUUUACUGCGUCAUUGCCAGUUGGUGAUUAAUGUGGUGACCAAACAGUGACACAUCUGACUGAGAGAGUUGUGCUGUAGCUAAUAAACACAGUUGUUUGUGCAAACCGUGAUAUUCUCACACGUCGAGCCGCUCUGCACUGUUUUCCUGUCUUUGCCGGUCUUGCCAAGUUAAACAUCCUCUCUUCUAACAAACUGGGCCCACUUUAACAUAUUUCUUUAGCGUCCCCCCUAAUGUAUUGAAGAACAUGCACUGCAGUGAUAUGUGGUUGAUCCUCCUGAAUCCUGUAAAAUCAGUGAAGUGGGAAAAAAAGCUUCAAAAUUAAAAGAAGCCCUCCUUCUCAGACUUGAGGAUUGCAUGUCUAAACCUAAAUAUGUUUCUGAUCUAUAAAGUGCAACUGCCAGACUUGUCUAAAUUCUUUGGUUAGGCUAUAGUAUUCACAAUGCCUGGGAGACUUCGGCAAGUUUGGCACGCAGUCAGCACAUACAGGGCUGUUUGGAUCACCUUGGGCAUGGUCCUCUGUGUGUGUUCAUCUCGUUGCCAUGGCUCCUAUUGGAGAGUUUGACACAACAUCUGCAGCUUAUAGUGCCUCAUUACUGAUGAAAUCACUCCAGUGGAAACUCAGCUCAUAUGGGUGUCCUUAGUGGGCUGUGCUGCUCCAGGUCCUCUCUGCUAAAGGUUAGCUAUGACAGUGGAGUAGAAAAACAUCUGUUUUAACAACAUGCUUCGUACCUAAUUGAGCCAACGAAAGCCCUUUCCCCUCUGUUCUGAUGAUGUGAUCUGUUUACUGGGAGUUUGGUUAGCGUCUGUUUGACGUUAGCGCUUGUGGGAAAGGCAGUUCACACCAUGUAGCGCACAUAAAAAAGUUCCAGGCCGCUGAGAAAAAGAGGGAAUAUGUGAAGAAGAAGAAGGAAAAAAAAAGAAGCCUAUCGGGCAUUUGGUAACAGUUAAGUAAGAAUCCCUGCAGCAACUAUGCUGUUGGCAAAGAUGGGAAUAAUUUUAAUGUUAAUAAUACAUUGGCAGUGGUUGUUUACUCAUUUGAAUGUGCAUAACUGUCUAAAAUAAAUCGGUUGUUUCCA